AUUACUUAAUGAUUAAAAAUAAAUUAGAAAUUAAAAAAAUUGAAGUAGGAGAUUAUUUCCAAAUCUCUACAAUUACUUACCAAGAAAAAAAAAAUAAUAUAAUUCAACAAUCAUUUAGUUAUUUUAUAGAAAAUGAGAAAUUUUAUCCUUAUAAACUUUGCUAUACUUUGCCCCCUAAAAAAUAUUCAAUCCCUAAUAAUUAUUCUGUAAAAACCACUUGGGGACGUGCUAUAAAUCGGCAAACAGUCCAAUAUAAAAUCAAAUACAAAGACAGAAAACCAGAAUUUCAAAUUCUAUAUAGUGCUUCUUUUAAAUUUGAAGUUAAAUCAAAUAUAUCAGCUAGCAGAGCUGCAACAGAUUAUGAGAAGGCU